GGCAAGUCAGUCCACUCGGCGGCGUUUUAUGUAAACAAGUGGAGCUUCUAUCUACGUGAAUGGGGAAAGAGAAAAAUCUUUAAACCAAUUGGUCAAGAUUACGAUCAGAGAACAUAUUUCAAAUAAACUUUUAAAAUAUGAGAACAAUGGUAUCAUAAACAAUUAUUUAGCUCAGAACGCGUUAAACGCUAUUUUCCAGACUGUUCUAGCUGAUGCGCAUGCGCGGUCUCGAGUUGACUGACGGACGAUGUCUGUAAGGCGGGACUACUGUUUCUACAUCCGGCAUGUUUGGUGUUCCGAUUUCUCUCGUUCAUUUAAAUACGAGUGUUCUGUCUCGAGCUUGUUAAAGAUAUCAACGUUACUCCAUGUCAUCUUCUCACUAUGAGCCACUUGUUUUUUUAUUUUGCAGUUUUUUUUCUUUCUAAUUUAAAAUGCUAAAAAUCACACAAUCCGCUAAAAACAUAAGCCAAUGCGAGUAUAAACACUUGUGAUCGGAAAAAGAAAACAGCCAAUUUAAUGUAUUGGAAUAAGAGCACUAGAACUCACUUAAAACUAGACAUUUACUUUUAUAAUGUCAGCAUCACUGAUCCGAAGAGGACUUGAAUUAUUCAACGAGAAAGAUGGACAGAAGCGUAAGCAGCAGAACAGUCCUCAUAAAGCGUCACUGAUGAAUCGGAUCAGCUCUAAUAAACAGAGCGUUCACAAACAGAUCCGUCGACUGAAGAAUCCGAGAGGAGCAGCGAAGAGUAAAACUACAGUUAAAGACAAACACAUCAAAUAUGCUCUGGAUGAAUACAGGAAGAAACAGAAGAAGAGUCAGCUGACCUCAAAUCUGGAGUACUUCCUGAGCACCGAUUACAAAACACAAACCAGCCACUCCUCAAAGAUCAUAAAGCAGAAUUCCGGUCGUCGUGCGUGUCAUCAGCCGGAUCUGCCCGACUCUAAACCAAAGGAGAAAUCUGUUUUCACCGAGGAAGAGUUCCAAAAGUUUCAGAAAGAAUAUUUUUCAAAUCUUUAGUGUCUUCGAGGAGCAUUUAAUGACAAUAACACGCUUUCCUGGGAACGUUCACUCGGAAUGAUCCGUCAUUGAUGCAGUUAUUCCAUUUUACUAAUAAAACACGUGCUGAUGUUUAUUGUCAAAUGUGACUUUGCAGAAUGAAUCUGAUUGUUUGAGUUUCUUGAACGAUGCAUCUUGUUGACCGAUGAGAAACGGCGUGUUUUGUGACCCAUCCUGUUUCAGUAAAUGCUCAAAGGUUUCUGGGUAAAUGACUCCUGACUGAAACUGGACUCAAGACUCGCACACACAUUUUUACGUUUGGGAAAAUCCACCCAUAUGUGCAUCACGUCAGAGCCACAGUCUGUUAAACAUAUUUUAGAGGACUGUAAUGUUUCGGCUCCUUUGGCCAAAUACUUCUAUUCCGUUGACGCCCUUGAAAAGGUUUUUAACCAAAUUAAUCCGAAUUUAGUUUCAGUUUUUAGCAAAAACGUCUCUCACGCACACA